AUGUCCGAGUUAACAGCAUAUGAACUCGAGCGUGAAGCCAACAUCGCGCGCAACCGCGCACUCCUAGAGGAGCUUGAUCUCAAGGACGCUGUCACUCAACUCGGCAUUCCCCCCAAACCCAAGCCUGUCCCAAAAAUAAGAGCGAAGCCCAUCCAAUCUGCGAAGAAGGUGAAACGAGAACGUGAAGUUGUAGAGGCGCCUCGUAGGCAGAGCGCACGUCUUAAGAAGGAGGUCGUGGACCCAAACGAAACCGCCGCCCAGAAGAAGCAGCGGGAGGAAGAACAGAAGAAGAGGCGCCAAAUUGAAGAGCAAGAGCGCCUUGAGGCUGAGGAGAAAGCUCGUCUUGCAAAACGCCCCAGACAUCAGGAAUUGGAUCUCACUACGUUGGGUGACAAACUAGAGGAGUCAGAACUCAGCUCACUCCGAUCGUCUCUGCAAGCAGUCACGAAUGUUCCGCUACCAAAACGUGCCGCAGAUGCGGAUGCAUUUGUAUUUCAUGAAGACCAGAAGAAUGAAACUGAAAUAAAAGAAUUGACAAAUAAACUUCAGAAGAUGAGGGUAGUGUCUCGCGCCAAGGUGACUGUGGACAGAGUCUACAGCGCUGCCUACCACCCCGAGGCUACCAAGGAUCUAGUGUUCUUUGGCGACAAACACGGUCAAAUUGGAAUAUGGGAUGCCAGAGCUCCCGUAGACGAGGUUGAAGAUGAAGACGGCGACAUCUCUGCAGACCAUAGAGAAGGCGGGAAACAUUGGCGCCUCCAGUGUCACUGGCCUGCUUCUUCGAUAUCGUCAAUAUCAUCUAUAAAAUUCGACCCAGUUGAUGCGCAUAGUCUAUUUACGACCUCAUACGAUAGCACAAUACGCCGCUUGUCUUUCGUCUCGGGAAUUUCGCAAGAAAUAUUCUCUUCAGAACACCUGAUCACAAGUAUGGACCUUCCAGUUGGUGGCCACGAGAUGUGGAUAUCUGACGCUUCCGGCGGCCUCACUCACCUUGAUCUUCGGGAACCAAAGGACAAGGCCUGUUGGUAUGGUUUGUCAGCUGCGAAAAUUGGCACCGUUAGUAUCAACCCGACAAGUCCGCAUUUCUUGCUCACGGCGUCGAACAGUCGUGUAUUGAAGGUGUGGGACGGCAGGAAACUACAGAAAUUGACCUCUGCAACUGGCCCAUAUCAACUCAGCCAAAACACUGUCGAAGACUUAGUCUGUUCAAAGAAGGGAAAGGGUACCGUUCGCGGUAUAUUCCAACAUGGAAAGUCGGUGAGCUCAGCAUACUGGGACCCGAGAGGGAGAAGUAUCGUUAGUACGAGUUACGACGAUUCAAUAAGAUUGUGGGAUUUGGAUGUCGCGAAGUACAACUCAUCACCCGCUUUCCCCUCCUUCACGCCAUUCCGCGGGAUAAAACACAACUGUCAGACGGGCAAAUGGGUGACUAUUCUUCGUGCGGUCUGGAAUCCCAACCCAGACGUAUUUCCCCACUUCACAAUCGGGAAUAUGAACUACGCUCUAGAUAUAUAUUCAUGCAAGGGACACUUGAUUGCGAGACUCAAGGACAGCCGGCUCACUGCUACACAAGCUGUAACAUGCUCCCACCCAAGCGUUGUCGAAAGAUGUGCAACAGGAAACGCAAGUGGGCGUUGUGUACUCUGGGCACCACCGGAUGUAGAGUGA